AGCAGUAUACUGAGGGGACAGGUAAAUAAUCGCAGCGGGGAAAGAAAGAGGCCACCUUCCUGAUAUAUGCGUCACACAGCGGUAGAUGCCCCCCCUAUAUAGGUUCCCAUUGCAGUCCCUUGUGGUUGUUUGGUUCUGCUGCUGCUGACUCCUGGAUGUGUUUCAUGGCAGAGCAACAAACAAACAGAGAAACAGGACAACAGAGAGACAGAGAUUCAUUCAUCCAUCAUGCAAGUCCUUUCCAGCCUGGCGUUGGUUCUGAAGAACAUUUGGACACUUUCCUUCCUCCGGGAUCUCCUGUGUGAAUUUGUGGGCACUGCCAUCUUCCUCUUCACCAGUCUGGCCUCACUGGUGCUAUGGCCCCAGCUUCCAGCCUGGGAUGGGAGCCUCUCCAGUCCCACCAGUGAUUAUCAUCUCCAUGACUUGUCCUCAGAGUCCGACCCAUCCCUUCUCUCUGACUCCCAGCCCCUCUCCGAGUGCCACCCUGACCCCCUGCAUGUGGCCUUGGCAUUCGGGGCCUCAGUGGCUGUGGUGUCUGUGUGCCUGGGUCCUGCUACCUCUGGAGGAGGGGUCCACCUGAACCCGGCUGUGACCCUGGCUCUGGCUGCAGGACUGAGGGUGAGCCCCUGGAGAGCUAUCCUCUACGUGGGGGCACAGCUCCUCGGUGCACUCUGUGCUUGUGCACUUCUCAUGGGAAUGGUGCCUGCCCCGCUCAGAGGGCAUCUGGGGCUGAACGAGGUAGGCUUGGGUGUCCACCCAUGCCAAGCCUUCACAGUGGAGACAGCCAUCACCUUUCAGCUGGUGGUCUGUGUCCUCGCCACGUCUCGACCCACAUCAGCCUUCCACCUCCUGGGUCCUGUAGUGGUCGGCUUGUCUGUCAUUCUGGGGAAUCUCGUGGCAAUUGGGUACACUGGCUGUGGGAUGAAUCCUGCUAGGUCUUUUGGUCCAGCUGUGGUCACUUUAAAAUUUCAAAACCAUUGGGUGUAUUGGGUGGGGCCGUGUGCCGGGGCAUUACUAGCUGGCCUACUACAUGACUUGGUGCUCUACCCACGGUGGGGUAGCCCUGGCGACUGGUUGGCUGAGUUUAAGGAACUGUUUCCCAAGGAUCCACUCAAACAGCCCACCACCUUGGAACACACAGUGGAGUAGAAAUGGAGGCAGUUGUCUUACCAUUGUCUGACCAUUGACCAAAGGGGACCACACACACCAUUCUCUGAUAUCUGACCAUUUGCCACUGGUGUACACAAGUGGUCAUGCUAGCUGGGUCCAUCGUUGAGUACCACUGAGUGAAGAAACUCAACAUUUGUACACAUCUACAGUAUUCAUGCACAUCUACAAUGUAGCUAUGAUAAUAUACUCUGCUGUAUUCUCUGGGAGACUGCUUUCUCCUCUCUUUUCCUGAGUGUACUGGAUAGUACCCUUUCUGGCCAGUUAUCUGAUAUUUCAGAACUGAACAAAACACUAAUCCACCAUCUCAGGUUCUUCACAAUCAUGAAGUUGUUUGUCAGUUUGACUUCACUUUGUGCAUCUUUGUACCUCUCUGAGAUGUUAAACCAUCUAUAGAAGCAGAUCAUGUAUGUUCAGACCAAAGCCUGGACAUGUCAAUGAGUGUCCAAGGCGAUUUCAUUCAGGUCAGUGAAAGUACGGGUACCAGCUGUAUAAUCAUUCACAGUAUGCGACAGAUCACUAUAAUAUGUGUUUUUAUAUACCACUAUCAUGGUGUUUGUCUUGUUAUACAUAUUUAAAUAACGGCUGUAUGACUCGGUAAAAUGUUCCUUAUUAUAUCAUGAAUUUUACAUUUGUUUUUCACUAUAUUGAAACGGAACGUAAUGUUUUUCAUGUCCUCUGUGCAAGAGUUUAUUAAAGCUGAAAACCGAA